AUGAUGACUUGGUGUCACCGUAUAUAUUCAAGAAGGAAGGGCCGAUUUUAUCAGUUGAUACACCGUGUUGAGACAUUCAUUCAUAGUUACUGGAAAACUAAUUUCAAUAAUUUAAAUAUGUUCUGGAGUGCAGUGAUUGCGCUGUCAUGUUUGGUGGCGUACGCACAUGGUCAUGGCCGAUUGGACGUACCAGCAAACAGAGCAUCUCUCUGGCGUACUGGCUUGUUCUCUGACGCACCACCCAACUACGAUGACGACGGCCUCAACUGCGGCGGAUUCUACCACCAGCAUUCUGUUAAUGGAGGACGAUGCGGUAUUUGUGGUGAUGCCUACGAUAACGCGCAGCCCCGCGCCCAUGAGUUAGGUGGAAAGUACGGCCAAGGACACAUCGUCGCUACUUACGAACAGGGCGAAGUCAUCAGCACCAAAGUUUAUAUCAGCGCUUACCAUCAGGGAUACUGGGAGUUCAGACUGUGUCUGGAUCCUAGCGACCAAACACAGGAAUGCUUCGCUAACUUCCUUCUGGAGUUAGAAGACGGGGGAACCAAAUACUAUCCGAAAGGAACUGGUUACUAUGACGUGAACUACCGCCUGCCUUCGAAUGUGGUGUGUGAGCACUGCGUGCUGCAGUGGAAGUACACGGCGGGCAACAACUGGGGCGUCUGUGCGGACGGCACGGGGGCCCUCGGCUGCGGGGACCAGGAGAACUUCUUCUCUUGCUCAGACAUCAGUAUUAAAGGAAGUGAAAGUAUUCCUUUAGACGUACCAAUUGUUAAUUUAAACGAUAUCCUGAGACUGCUAAUAUUGACGAAUCAGAUACAGGACGUCCGUCCGUCCUACAGCUACAGUUCAUCGCGAAAGAAAUAUAUGAACCGACACAAACGGAAGAAACUAAACAAGAAGACGAAGCUGAAGGCAAAACGAGGGCAUAAAAAGUUUACAUAUCAUCGGUAG